AUGAGCGGAAAGGAAAGGGGGUCAAGCGCCAGCACGAGGAGAAUACAGUGCAAAUUCUAUCGCCUCAACUCACAAUACCUCUUCCUUCCAGGACGAGUCCACGCUGGGACUAAUCAUGCUGAAUGGCUAGCCUUGUUGGACCCUGAGAAGGAUUUCCGAGAUUCCACAGCCACUUCUGGCUUCGAUAGACAGUCUACACUCACCGCUUCUUUAGUGUCCGUCUUCUAUGGCAGUGUUUUCCCAUCGCAUCCCUUUGUCAUCCCGGAGAAGCUGUAUCAAAAGGAUCCAAGUCUCUUGCCCGAUCACUUGAUCGCAGCAAUGUGUAUCCUUGGUUCAUCACUCGUUCCGGCGCCCUUUGUUACGCGAGAGGUUGCAGACUCUUUCCAGGCCACGGCAGCUCAAGCCAGCUUAGCCCAUGUUCCUGAUGACGGGUUCAAGGUUCAGAGUCUGAUCCUAUUAGCGCUCUCGGAGUAUGCAAAUAACAACCGAGCUAUUGCAUGCAGCCGCCUAAACCUAGCUGUCGAUCUGGCCCUGCUUACCGGUAUGAACAGGAUGCAAAGCGCUACAGCUCCCGACUUAGAAACGCCAGCCAUCCUCGAUGAAAUGUGGAACCGAACGUGGUGGGAAUUAUAUUUCAUUGCGGGUUUGUUCUCUGCAUCUGGAAGCACCAGUUCCUGGAUGCGGAUGUCGCUCGCACCCGUCGAUCGCCCCCUGCCUGGCCACUGUCGAGAGUACAUUGAAUGUUUAGCAUCAAAACAUACACCACCAGAGCUACGGUUUUAUCGACGUCUACCACCAAAGCGUCACUACUGGUCUACCUUCGCUUUCAGGGUUGCUUCGAUACACCUCAUGGGCAAAAUCCUAGAGUGGCAGUCCCAGACAAGAGUGCUAAGUCCUCCACUGGCCAGCCAGGCAGUCCAGGAAAUGAACCUUCUAGUAGACUGCAUGAAACUAAGUGGCAAUGAAGUGGUGAAAUGCGAUGGGAGAAUCGACGAGCAGCUCUUUUCGACUUCAAUGAUUCUCCAUUUGACCAGGAUUCUCCUUGACUGGCCGGAAGCUGGAGAUAUCCUUCGGAAAUUCCCUCACCUCACCGAUAUUGGUCCCGACUUCAUGACGACGGCCUCCUGCCCCAAUGAGGAGUCAAUCUCGGCCGCCCAUGGCAUCAUCAACCUGAUUCCAUUGGACCUAAAGCUCUAUCGGCGAACACCCUGCUUUGGACUAGCACUCGGGAUGGCCGCCAUCUUGUAUGGGGUCAGAUAUGCCCAGGCUUUGACAGCCACCCAGUCUCAAAACGCAAGGAGCGCGCUUCGCCUGGCGGUGAGCGCAUUGAGGUAUCUCGGAGAGGCUCACCAGUUGCCACUGAUCCUUGCAAUAAGAGUGGAGGAGCUGGCAACCAGGCAUACUGGCGACGAGAGAUAUAAGAUGAUCUAA